AUGGCCAGGACUCUAUUCUUCCCUCGAAUAUCCUCGGAGGCCCCAUCCUACAGGCAAAUCGAGCCCCAGUCCCGCAGCAAACCAUCGAUUGAGAGGGCGAGAAAAGCACCAGUUGAUUGCUCCAACGAUGGACAAACGGUCAAAACAUGGCGCCUGAUGAUCUACACCAGGAAGGUUUACCCUUGCUGGCACAGAGCAGCGAAUGAUCCUGGCGCUCAUUUGAUGGGGGGAUCUUUGACGGUCGCCGCCACUACGGAUACGCAAGUACUGUGUAGGUGCUGCGUCGGCGGCUGGAUGACGAAACAGGGGCAGCCAGGACAGCGAAACAAGUCUAUUCUGGCCUUCGAUUCAUGCUAUCUGAAGGAGCUUCUUCUUGCUGAUUCGUCCAACGAAUCAUAUUCUGGGCAGAAAGAAGCAGGUGAUGGGGGCCAAGAGCUUCAUCCCCGCAAAGCAUCUUCCGACGCAAGCAGUCUACGAGAUCUAGAUCCCUACGAGCUGGGAAGAAAUACAGGCAGAUACGAGUUCGACUUUAGUUCAUCGAUCGUCGACCCAUGUAUCGGUAUCUGUAUCUUUCACACUGAUAAUUCCGCCAAGGCCUUUUCCCAGGCACCCAAGCCUUCGUUGAGCCUUGUCUCUUACAUACAAUCAGGUGCGGCACGCUUGCUUGACACGAGACGGUCUCUACGCUUUGACCGAGAGAUCUUGUUUUUUUUCCGACCUGUCAACGACACCGUCUGGGUCAGCUUGGCCCUAGUAGGCAAGGAUGGGACAAGGCAGAAUGAUCUAUCAUUCACUCUACGGAGUACGUGUCUGCCCGAGGAGACGAUGGACGAUGCAACAGGGUUGUCUCUCGACUGUUUGGUUUUUGGGGAAGGCGUCUGUGCGACGAAAACCUGUUUGCGGCGGUUUGCUCUCUUCCUCGUGGCGUGGUGUGCGUCCGCCGGCUACCCGCAUCAAAGCAGUCUAGAUUUCGCGUCCCAGUUGGCGCCCUUCCCCGGCCCUCCUCUGGCCGGUAACGAGGGAGGGUUUCUCACAAAUGUUUCCCGAGAGGUUCACUUGAUGGGUGAUCAUGGGUACCGGCAUGGGUUUCGGGGCGUGGAUCGGCUACUGGGGCCAAUCUCGAGGGGCCGGCCGCGGCCCUGGGAGAGAGAGAGAGAGAGAGAUUUCGCCUGCCGCGGUGCCACGACAAUGGGGGUUCACCUGAGUCCCAGAUGGCACAAGGACCUCCCGACGGAUCCUUUCAUUUGCUCUGUAGCGGCGUUUGUGCGACCAUGGACGAUCCAGAGGCACGCGAGGGCGGGAGAUUGGCGAUCAGUAGACCAGCAGGUCCGUUCUCGACUUUUCCCCGCCUUGCCGCCCAUGUCCGGGCACUCGGUCCGGGUCCGCGAGGACAAGCCUCAGCCGAUAAUCAUCAUUUUAAACUACCUGGUCCUGCUGUCACGGACGACUCUCACGAUGGGGUGGCAUGUUGUGGGAAACCCAUUUGAAGAUUUCUCUCCCUCAGGAUCCACGGUUGGAACUAUUUUCAGGCGGCACGGGAAAACAGAGAGGGCUGAGAAGGAUGGCGUCCCCGAGCGAUGA